AUGGCCGUCGUGGUCUCUCCAAGUUUUCUGCAACUCCGAUCAACCUCUCUCUCUUCUAUUCCUUCAUCUUCUCCAUCCUCUUCCUCGUCGUCCAUCUCCAUAGCUGCUUCAACAGUUUCGAAGCUGAACGGAAGACCCAUUCGUUUCCACUCAGUGUCUGCUGAUGGACUAAGCAUCGACCUCCCCUUUGUCACCCCCAGAAGAGUGCUGUUGACACCGCUUGCUAAGGCGGCUGGCACUGAUGAGGUGAUUCUCGUUGAUAGUGUCGACUCUCUCUCAGACAGUAAUGAGGAUGAGAUUUUGGCUGCGGGGAAAGGCCUACUGGAUGCGAAGCUUCAGCGGAAGCUCGAGCAGAAGAUGAGGAUGAAGCUGACGAAGAAAGCCAGGCUCCGGAGGAAGAAACUUGUUCGGAGGCGGAGGAUGAGGAAGAAGAAGGGUCAGUGA